AUGGCCCUGGGCACUGGAGAGAAACAGGGACACGGGGAUGGCGCGAGUCGUCCUGGCAAGGUGGCAGAGGGGGAAGUGAGGGACGCCUCUGACCCCGGGGAUAUGUACCUCCUGGGUUCGGUCUGGUGUGCCGAGCCUCCGGCCGCCGAGCAGCCGUCGGGGAGGAUUAACAAAACCGCCUUCAAACUGUUCAAGAGGAGGAAAUCCGGGGGCACCAUGCCGAGCAUCUUCGGGGUGAGGAGCAAAGGCGGGGAGGGGAAGGGCGCCAGCAAAGCGGGGAUGGUGCGGAGCCGGACGCACGACGGCUUGGCCGACGCCGUGCUGGAGAGCAGCAAGAAGGAGGAACCGGGCGGCGGCGACCCGCAGAGCAAGGAGGCGCAGGGCCGGCCGGCCGGCAGCCUCGGCGUCUCCCCCGGCAGCUCGGUGGCCAAGUCGCACAGCUUCUUCUCCCUGCUGAGGAAGAACGGCAGGCCGGAGAACGGCAAGGCGGAGAGCGCGGAUCAGCGGGCUGGCGGCAGACAAAAGAAGGGGCUGAAAGGGAUCUUCAGCAGCAUGCGAUGGCAUAAAAAGGACAAAAAUGGCAAGGAGGAGAGGGGGGAAACCUCGGAGAUUCAGUCGGGUCUUAUUAUGCCGGGGUCUUUGACUGCCAGCCUGGAGUGCAUCAAAGAGGAGACGCCAAAACCUUUGUCUGAAACUCCGAACAGCGCAGGAGACAUCGGGCUGGAACCGCCGCGGGAGAAGCGCAGCGGCGAGGCGCACGCCUCGGCCGAGGAGCCCGAAGCGGGAGGUGGGGAGUCGCGGGACAGCAGCCCCCUCCCCGGGGAGGACCCUGCCGCCGCUGGAAGGCGACCCGAGGAGCUCUGCCGCGAGCGACAGGACCCGGGCGCCGGAGAGGUUGGGACUGCGAAGGAUGCGGCCAUAACAGGCUGCGGAGAUAUUAUUGCGGACCAUGAGGAGGAUGUGGGCGGCGGGAGUGGCGGCUGCGAGAAGAGCGCCCCUGGGGCCGGCAAGCUGGGUGCCUCCAAGAAGCACCCCACCAUGCUGGCCUACCAGGGAGGAGGGGAGGAGAUGGCCAGCCCGGACCAGGUGGACGACACCUACCUGCAGGAGUUCUGGGAUAUGCUGUCGCAGACAGAGGAGACCCAGACAGAAGGAGGAGGAGGUGGAGGAGGGACAAAGAAGCCCGAGGGGUUGAAGGAGAACCGAGGUACCGAGGGGGCCCAGAACAGGGUGGUGGUAAAACGUGGUGGCCUCCACCAGAUCCCCAUUCACCUCAACCACAAAGAGGAGCAGAAGGGCAGGGAGAAGGAGCAGCAUGAAGGAGUCCCAAACAGCGACGAGGGCUACUGGGAUUCCACCACCCCUGGUCCCGAGGAAGAUGGUUCCACAAGCAUCCAGAAGGAGACCAUUCCCAGGGACAGCUACAGCGGGGAUGCUCUCUACGACCUCUACACCGAACCGGAUGAGAACCCACCAGCGGGGCCUACGGAUGAAGAGGUCACCUGUGUGCCACGCUCCAAGCCCGUGUCUCCAAUAACGACCACGUGCUCACUGAAAACACCCUCAAGCACACUGAAGGACUCCAAGAUACCCAUCAGCAUUAAACACCUUUCGUCGCAUCCUGCCAGCCUGCAUGGAGCAGAUGCCAGUAACAGCCAUCAUGUCGCACACCAUCACCUGGCCAAAAGCGAGAUGCACAGAACAAAAAUCCCCGUCUCUAAAGUACUGGUACGCCGGAUCAGUAACAGGGGCUUAGCAGGGACAACAGUGAAAACUGCCAUGUACCAGGACAGUGCCAAAAAGUAGUUGAAUAAGAGGUGGAGACAAAGACAGACAGCGAGGUCGGUGU